AUGGCUUCCCUUGUUCCAAAGAAGCCUACGACACCGCCUCCGAGCAAGACAGCUCGCCGGCAAACUGCAACCACGGCUCCUCGUCACGUACUGAGCACAACGCGGUCCAAUUCCAGUCCAGGUGGUCCCCUGCCAAAGCAAGUGUGGAGCGUCUCUAACAAGAUGGAUGUGCAUGGCAAGUCGUACAAAGAACGCAGCGUGCACUUCGCGGAAGUCCCGCAGAUCAUUUUGUUUCUGAGUGCUCCAGACGACGGAAAGGCAGAAGAUGUUCCUGGCAUUCGUUCUCUCGCUGCAGUUGUGGAGGAGGAUGAGCGAGACGAUGGAAAUCACGAGGUGGUGCCAGCGCCACCCGAUCCAGUUCCCAAAGAUUCCUGCGAAGGAGGGCUGGCAGCGCUUGUGGCAGUUGAGCGCCUUGACGAGGUCGACAGUAUGGAGGCUCCCGAGCUUCGGCAGCUCUGCGGCGCUCUGCUGCGGCAGCGCCGGGAGCUCCAAUCACAGCUCGCGGAGCGCGAGGCCAGCUGCACGCGCUUGCUCAGUGAGAACUCCGAGCUUCGAGCCUUGCACUCGCGGCUCUUCGGGGCCCUGGAAAGGGAGGGCCUCGAUGUAGAGGAGCUGCUGAAGGAGGAUGAGCGCAAGCUGCGAACAGCCAAGGUGGAGCGGCAGCUAGAAGAGGAGCUGCGGGAGCUGCACGGGCUGGUCGCCGAGCAGCAGAAGCAGCUCGAUGCCGCCCUGACCGAGAGCCAGGGCUUGCGGCGAGAGCUCGAGGCAUCGCAGCGCUUUGCGUCGAAGGAGACGACCCUUCCUUCAGAGGUGGCGAACGAGAGCAUCAAGGCCCAACAGGCCCUCGAGGCAGCGCGGCCUGCCUCUGCCAGCGAGGAGGAGGAGGCGCCAGAUCCCUUGCCCAAUCCUCCUGCCGAACCUCGGCGGCCCUGGCCGCUGCGCACGGUGCGCAAGGCAGUUGCGCCUUUGCGGCCGGCAGCAGCCAAGCCCCAGCCGGUGCGACUGCAGAUCCGAUUCAUGCCAGCGGCCGCCUCGUCCGUCAGUGGCCGCCCUGUGCAUAAGACACAGGUCUCUGUGCACACGUCCGCACCGCCGACGGAAGUUCUGCGAUUGCUCUUGGAUCAGGGACUGGCCUGGCCCGCAUCGUUGGCCCCGGCGGGCGAGGAGUUUGGCCUCCCUGGGCAUCUUCUCUUCCACGGAAAGCUUCUUGAUGAGGGCAAGCCGCUGGUGGAGCAGGGUAUCCAGGACGGCUGCGAGCUACGGCUGGUAAAGGGGCCAAAGGUCCACGCUCCUGUCCGAUGCCCCCGUGGCCUGCUGAUGAAUGCUCAUCCGUGGGAGCCGGGGAAGAUCGGUCAAAAGGCUGGCGUUACGGCACCGCCAGACGUGUGA